AUGAACCCCUUCAACUUCUCUCGUUCAAGUUCCUCUAGUUGCUCUAGUUCUGAUGAAAGAAGAUCAUCACGAGCAAUAAUUGAUCAAGAAAUAGAUGAUUUCUUGACCAAUAUUGUUCACCCACUUGCUCCAACUCUUAUAUCAAAUGUAACUCCAACACCAAGGAAUAGAAGAGCAAAAGUGACUGAUGAUAAUGAAGCAGGUCAUUCACGUCCUAAUCGAGGCAAGGUGGAAGGUCAUAGAAGAUUGUUCAAUGAUUACUUUGCUGAUCAACCAGUCUAUCCAGCUCGUUUAUUUCGUCGAAUAUUUCGAAUGCAGCGACAUGUCUUUGUUCGGAUUAUGGAUAAUGUCAUUGCAAGUGAUGAAUGGUUCACUCAAAAAAGAGAUGCUACGGGUCAGUUAGGUUUAUCGCCCCUACAAAAGUGUACAGCGGCUAUUCGAAUGCUUGCCUACGGGGUAGCGGCGGAUUCGCUUGACGAGUAUGUGCGAAUUAGUGAAAGUACAGCUCGAAUAGCAUUGAUGAAAUUUACGAAGGGGGUCAUCAAGAAAUUUGGUGCGGAGUACUUGAGACGGCCUACUCCAGACGAUUUGGCUAGACUACUCAGAUUCGGUGAAGAUCGUGGAUUUCCGGGCAUGGUUGGUAGCAUAGAUUGUAUGCAUUGGGAAUGGAAAAAUUGUCCGACUGCAUGGAAAGGACAAUUUCAAGGAAGAGGUGGUGUUGCUACUUUAGUUCUUGAAGCUGUUGCUGAUCGUGACUUAUGGAUAUGA